AUGGCAUCCCCGGAAGACACAGUCGCUUUUAUAGGUGUAAGUUCGACCGUCCCCGUGGUGGUGAUUGAUCGACUGACUCUGUGCCCAACAGGCGUGGGUGUUAUGGGCUACCCUAUGGCAGCCAGCCUGCGCUCGAAAACACCGUCAUCUUGUACUCUAUUGAUCUGCGAUGUCUCGCAGGAUGCGCUCUCGAUAUUCCGAGCCGAAACGGCCGGCAAAGCUCCCGUCGAAGUGGUGUCGAAUGGGUUCGAGGCUGUGCGGCGUGCCAACACCGUCAUCACAAUGCUGCCCACCGCAGCCGCCGUGGAGAAAGUCUACCUUGACCCUGGCACGGGCAUCAUCGCCGGCACCCUCGAGGCGUCCAAGUCAGACCCCCAAAAGAAGCUGCUCAUGGAAUACCGCACAAUCGAGACGGCCACGAUCUUGAAGGUCGCUCAGACGACGGUGGACGCCUUACAGCACUCCCCGAGGAGAGGACAUCUGGCUGUCAUACGGGUCCUCUCAUGGCGUUGGAGGGGCUUCAGGCGAGCGAAGAAUCUUUGA